AACAUUUCCUCCUGUUUCUAUAGGUUGCAUGUUGGGCAAUGAGAAGCAAUGAGUGAUUUUGUUUGGGCCCUAAAGAAUGGCGACCUAGAACAGGUCAAAGAGCAUGUGGAAAAAGCCAAGGACAAGCAUGGGAUUAGUGCCCUACUGGCUGCCAUCUGGGAAGGUCAUACAGAUUGUGUGAAGCUUCUUCUCCAACAUGGGGCAAACAAAUCUGGCAGUACUCCAGAUGGUAUCAGCUACUUGGAGGCUGCUGAGAAGGAAGACAUUAGAGCCCUCCUCAUAUGAGAUCUUCCCUAUUUAACAUUUUGAUCCGCUUCUUUGUUGCUGCAAUUGGUGAUUUUUUGAGAGCAUAUGAUGGUAUCAGCUACUUGGA